AUGCCCAUUUCCACCUCCUUCAUAUGGCGCAGAUCCGUUGCUCAUCGCACCUUCGCCUUCAUUCUCUCCUCCCUACUCCUCCACCACAACAACCCCCUCUCUCUCCUCCGCUCCAAAUCCUCCCUCCUUCCCCGUCCCUUCCCAUCGUCCCUCCUCCGCCGCAUUUUAAGCCUUACCCGCUCCAACCCCAACAUCUCUCUCCGCUUCUUCCUCUUCGCAAGCUCUCACCUUUCACUCUCCCCCACCCUCCUCGACCUUGCCACCAUCUUCUCCAUCCUCACUGCCGCCGGCCACCUCUUCCCAGCCUCUCACCUCUUCUGCCCCGCACUCCGCUCCUAUCCGGCCGCCACCGUUUUGGACGCUCUUGUUCGCUCUUCGUCCUGUUGCAAAAAUUUUCCGUCCAAAGUUCUCAGCUUUGUUCUGGAACUGUACUCUGAUUUGCCAUCUUGGAACGCCAUGGUAACUUUCAAUAGAAUGAGGAAAUUUGGUCUCGUCCCGAGCAGUCAAAGCUUCAAUGCCUUUCUUAAUAUGCUCUGCUCGAAUGGUGAAUGCCGGACUGCAUGGUUGGUUUAUGCAGCUGCGCUGCGUAUUGGUGUCGAGAUGGAUCAUGGAAGCUGGGCGGUCAUGGUGCGGCUUCUCUGUCUGGAAGAUAAAGUUCAAAGAGGUGAAAUGCUAUUGAAUUUGGGUUUUCCCUGCCGGUUAUCAAGCUAUGAUUUGGUUGUGGAUUGCUAUGCUAGUAGAGGAGACUUCAAGUCGGCGAUCCAGGUGUUGAAUGGAAUGGAAGAGAGAGGUUUGAAGUUGAGAUUGAGUACUUUGUGCUCUGUUCUCGAAGAAAGUUGUAGGUUUGGGAAUGUUAGGAUUGCUGGUUUCUUCAUGAAAGAAAUGAUUGUCAGGGAUUUGCUGCCCAUGGCUCCAAGCUUUGAUUUUGAUUGGAUUAUCAUUAGUUUUUGUGAGCUGGGGAAGACUUAUGCAGCUAUGUUGAUCUUUCAAAAGGCCCUUAGUUGGAAUUUUGAUUUGCAGAGUACUUCGUAUGCUUGUCUGCUUGGUGCAUUGGCUCAGAAAAGACGAGAAAAAGAAGCCUUCAAGGUGUUUGAUAAAAUGUCGCAAAACGGAAUUGUUGUGGAUCCAGGAACCCUUGAUGUGUUUGUGAGUAGCAUUUGUAGUGGAGAGCCAAUGGAGGAAGUUGAUGCAGUGAUAAUGAACCUUAUGAAAAAUGAUUUCUUGCCCAAAGCUUCUGAUUUAUCGAUCUAUGUAGCUGAAAAUUGUAGAAGAGGGAGAUGGAAGGAAGCUACUGAACUGUUGCAUUUGGCUUUGGAUAAAUGUGUAUUGAUGAAUGUUUCUUGCUGUUGCUUGCUGAUGAAUCAUUUCUGCAAGAACGGGUUUUUGGAUCUGGCAAUCGGUCUGCAUGAGAAGGUGAAAGGCUUGGGUGGAUUCUUAGAUGUUGAUUCUUACAACGUUUUGUUGGAAGCUCUUGUUGUGGAUGGAAGAGCUAUGGAAGCUGUUGGAGUUUUUGAUUGUAUGAGAAAGAAGAAUGUGUUGAGUAGUUUUAGUUUUGUGAUUAUGAUUAGUGCACUUUGUCAUGAAAAAGAGCUGAGGAAAGCAAUGAAUCUCCAUGACGAGAUGCUGAAAUUAGGGCUUAAGCCAGAUAUUGCAACUUACAAACGCUUGAUAACUGGGUUUCAGUAA